UCAAGGCUGGGCCGCUGCUCCGGGAGGAGUCGACCGGUGCAGGAUGUGAGCUCACAGCCGGGAUUGCUGGCGGACUGGCGGCCACAGGCCCGGGGUUGGUACGGAGUCCACUCGACCCUCGGUGGGGAGGAGAAGCGCCCCGGAGGACGCACUGAGAGUAUGAGGUUCUGGCCUCCAUCAGCCACUCACUUCUGACCACUUCCACCACGGCGGAGCCUUCCAAGCCUACCUCCUGCCGUGUGGUGAUCUAUCUGCAGCGGGAGAUGUCAGGGGACACCUGUCUGUGCCCAGCCUCAGGGGCCAAGCCCAAGCUAAGUGGUUUUAAGGGAGGUGGGCUGGGCAACAAGUACGUGCAGCUCAAUGUCGGCGGCUCACUGUACUACACAACUGUGCGGGCCCUCACCCGGCAUGACACCAUGCUCAAGGCCAUGUUCAGCGGGCGUAUGGAGGUGCUGACCGACAAAGAAGGCUGGAUCCUCAUCGACCGAUGUGGAAAGCACUUUGGCACCAUUUUGAAUUACCUCCGAGAUGACACCAUCACCCUCCCUCAAAACCGUCAAGAAAUCAAGGAAUUGAUGGCUGAAGCAAAAUAUUACCUCAUUCAGGGACUAGUGAACAUGUGCCAGACUGCCCUGCAGGACAAGAAGGGCUCCUACCAGCCUGUGUGCAACAUCCCCAUCAUCACGUCCCUGAGGGAGGAGGACAGACUCAUUGAGUCCUCCACCAAGCCCGUGGUGAAGCUGCUGUACAAUAGAAGCAACAACAAGUAUUCCUACACCAGCAACUCUGAUGACCACCUGUUGAAGAACAUUGAGCUGUUUGACAAACUGUCCCUGCGCUUUAAUGGUCGAGUACUCUUCAUCAAGGAUGUCAUUGGUGAUGAGAUCUGCUGCUGGUCCUUCUAUGGCCAGGGCCGGAAGCUGGCAGAGGUGUGCUGCACUUCCAUCGUGUAUGCCACAGAGAAGAAACAGACCAAGGUGGAAUUCCCAGAGGCCCGAAUCUAUGAAGAGACACUGAACGUUCUACUCUAUGAGACCCCCCGCGUCCCCGACAACUCCUUAUUGGAGGCCACAAGCCGGAGUCACAGCCAGGCUUCCCCCAGUGAAGAUGAGGAGACUUUUGAACUCCGGGACCGAGUGCGCCGCAUCCAUGUCAAGCGCUACAGCACUUAUGAUGACAGGCAGCUCGGCCACCAGUCUACCCAUCGCGAUUGACAAGGCCCUGCCAUCCUGUGGAGCCCCUCCAACCCUACUGGCCACCCCUUGCUGCUGCCAGCUGGAGUCAGCUCCAGCAUGCAGAGGUGAUGAGCCCUGCCUGGGAGGUCAGAGGACCUGCCAGGGUCCCUUCCCCUAGCACUUCCAGAGCUGCUCCCUUCCUGCCCAACAGGAAGAUGCUUCUGCUCUGGGGUACAUGGACACACACCUCUAGCUAAGAAGCCAUUCCCGUGAAGAAUGGCUUCACUCGGGAAGAAAGGCAGCUUCUGGUGCUACAGAGGCCUACUCUUUUAACAGGAAGGGGCUUCUUCCUAAAGUGUUUAAGCAUAGGUUUGACAAGCUUAGGUUUUAAAUAGUAUAGAUAUUAGAUAUAAUGGUGCAUGCCUUUAAGCCUAGAUAUCGGGGAGGCUAAGGCAGGAGAUCAAAAGUUUGAUGCCACCUGGGUAACUUAUCUAGACCCUAUCUCAAAGUGAAAAUUUCUAGAGGACUGGGCAUAUAGCUCAGUCAGUGGUAGAGGACUUAUUUGGAAUGUGCAAGUCCCUGAUUCAGUCCCCAGGACCACCAAAAAAAAAAGAAACUAGGAAAUAAUUACUUUCGGUCUUAUGAGUGAGGACUAGGCAUUUUUGUUGCCUCCACAGCUUGCCAGCACCCUGCUUAAAGCAGACCCCUCAGCUAACUCUUCUUGAUGCCUUUGGGAUCUAUCCUUAAAGCACUGUGUACUUUUAUUCAGGAGAUUUGUAUUGUGUCCCAAUCCAUCUUUCUCACCUUAAUCCCCUUUCCUGUAGAAAUAGAAACACUUGAGGGAGGGGAUAAAGAUGAAUCAAUUUUUAGCUGGAGGUGGUAGUAAAUACCUAUAAUCCCAGUACUUGUGAGGCUAAGGUAAGAGAAUCCCAAAUUUGAGGCCAAUUUGGGCUGUUCAGCAAGACUCUCCAAAAAAAAAAAAAAAAGCAAUAAAAAAGAAAAAAAUAGAACCUGAACAGCUUUAGCUUUGCUGGUCUUGGCCAGCCAGCCCAAAGGGCACCAAGGAAGGAAGUUGGGACCUGAGGUCUUCACAGUAUCUUGUGGAAAGACUCCACCCAACAUCUUAGAGCCACGUCACUCGCUCCUUACAUCUAACAGGGUUCUUUUUGACUCUUGCUCUUUGGUGCCCUCAGUCCCAAGACACAAUGCCCUUAUAUACUAUAAAGGCAAAAGCUAUCUUGGGGGCCAAGAGCUCCUUUGGAUCAGAAAUACAUCAGGAAGGCAGCAGAUCCCAAGCAUUGCGCAUUGCCAGCCUGUAUACCCAUCAGCUGAGGACCACAAACUGGGAUACCUGGGAUCCCAGCAGGCCCUGCAUGGAUGGCUCACCCCUGAUAUCCAUGUUCUUAGUAGAGAAGGUGGUUCUGCCCUGUGGUGAGUGAUAAGAGUGAUAGGAGGCCCUUCUCAUUCUUUUUAGGGGGUCACUUGGCCUAGAGAUGUCAAGCACCAGACAGGGUAUGAGUUUCUCCUCAGGACUUUGGUUUUCAUUCCUUUGUUUGCCUUGGCCCUUUGAAGCAGCUUAUCUGAAUUGUUUCCAGAGGAAUGCUGUGAGGGAAGGAACUGAUGGUCUCUGCUGGACAGAGCACCAUGGCCACAUACAAUGCCUGCUCCCUUGGGGAGGAGCACAGGUGAUCAGGUUUAUCACUAUUGACUACUCAUGAUCACUAAGUGGCCACACAGUGCUGACUACUGGAAAAUGCCAGGCCCAGAGUUGGGCACUCAAGGACCUGUCAAAAGACAUGGAGCAGGGGUGAUAUGACUUAAUCAGGCAUUUUAAGUCACAGUCUUGAAUGUAUAAAUAGUUCUAAGACUCAGAUCAGGCACCUUGAUGAUCAGCUAAUUCUUAUAGCCCUCACUGGAAUUAAGACAAUCCAUUUCUUGCACAAAUUCAAGCUUUGGCUUUGUGGCUUUCCCACAGAGAUUGGAAUGCUUCAACCUGAGGCCACCAGCCUAUUUUCUCAGCUGCUCUCAUGAAGCCCUUUAGUAUGCGAAUUCCCAGCUUCCCACUGAGGUAUUUCCAUGCUUGUUCUUUAACCUCCACAUCCCUUUUAGCCUCUACUUACUUUGAUAUUCAGGCCUUCCGCUCUUAACAGGAUCUAGUCUUGGGUUCUAAGGAAGCACAGUAGUCUGACGCUGGGCAUUUAUGUUCUUUGACUGGAAGUAAUCUUGGUCUAAAACACUAACAGUGAUCUUAGCUUUGUUGAGUGGACUUUGUGACAUAUGGGUGUGCGAAAUCUCUGUUCCCAAGGGAUGAAAAAGCAGAUCUUGACACUAUGAAUUUUCCAAAGAAAAGCAGCCUAAGGGAAAGUAUACAGAGUAGGGAUAAAAGUCAAACUGUCAAUUUCUGAGGAAACUGGCAUUUCCUCAGAAAUAAAACCCAGGACUAGGUUUUAUUAAAUUUGGUGUGCAACCAUGGUCUCUCCGAAGAUGGCACAGAUCUGGCAUGAGAGAACUUUUCCUUUGUCAUAUAACUGCAAUCCUUUGUGGCUCAGCCUAAGUGAUGGAAGUAAACACUAAUUUCUAAUAAAAUUGUAUAAUGCUGCACUGG